AUGGCAGCAAAGAAGGAAUCAAGAGGUCGUCAGAAGAUAAAAAUGGCUAGGAUUAAAAACCCAAGUCAUAGACAAGUUACGUUCUCAAAACGGCGUCUAGGUUUGUUUAAGAAAGCUAGUGAAAUAUGCCCUCUUUGUGGUAUAGAAGCCAUUAUAAUUGUUUUCUCUCCUGGCCAAAAAAUAUUUUCUUUUGGAUACCCUGAUGUCGAAUCUAUAGUGAAUCGUUACCUUAGUCGUAGCACAAUAAGUCCUGGAGAUGAAGUUUUGAGUGCUUCAAUGGAGGAUCUUAAGAAAAAUAUAGCUAAUCAAGCUAUGUUUCUGGAGAAAACAAACGCGUCUUCAUCAGGUUUAAGCAUGGAUAAUAAUAGUGGUGUUUCUGAUCAUCAACAUUUCGACCUUAAAUCUAUUGAGGCCAAAAUUGAAGGCUUUGCUCGUCCUGAUCACCAAUUUGCCAACUUCCAUUCACAAAACAUGUUCUAA